AUGAGUCUCCGGAGUUGCAACUUGCGCGGUUCAUUUCCCAGUAAACUCAUUCAAUUACCAACUCUACAGGAGCUUGAUUUAUCACACAAUGAAAACCUUACUGGCACUUUACCUGAAUUUCCACAGGGAAGUGCAUUAAGGGAAGUAGUUCUUAGCCUCACGGGUUUCACCAGUUGGCUUCCAGAUUCAAUUGGUAAUCUUAGUAAUUUGACCCGGCUUGCUCUAAGUUCAUGCAAUUUCAGUGGGCCCAUUCCAUUGACUCUGGGAAAUCUCACGGACCUAGUUGGUCUUGACUUGUCAUCCAACAGCUUUAGUGGCUCAAUCCCACUCUUUCACAAGGCAAAGAAACUCUAUAGCAUUGACCUCUGUACUAAUAAUCUAACAGGUCCACUUACUUCUGCUCAUUUUGGAAGCCUUUCAGACCUUGUGUCUCUAUACUUAUGCGAAAAUUCCAUCACUGGGACAGUUCCGUCAGUUCUCCUUUCCCUCCCUUCAUUGCAGAUCCUUUAUCUUCGGAAAAAUCACUUCAGUGGAGAAGUCCAUGAAUUUGAUGCAUACUAUACUGGCUUGACCUUUCUUACAACAACUUGA